AUGUUGGAGCGACGUCGAAGAUCCCAGUUAAGACUGGAUGCCCUACUACCCGUUCCAACAAGAACCACAACGAUGAGACGGACCCGUCGUGUGUGCGUCAAUAUCGAAGCUAAUGGCUCCGGACCGAUAAGAACUCGAAGGAGGCGAAGAAGGGAGUUAAUCAAUCCCUAUUUCAUGACCUAUUCUCCCAUAUAUGACUCUGUGCAAAUGGGACAUCAAUGGGGUUUUGAUUUGUGCUCAAAUGAAUCGCCAUACGAAUAUGGAAAUUUUUUGGAACCCCCAAACCGUUUAAAUGCAGGGGAAGGAAUAAUUCCUUCAGAGGAAACCAAUAAUGCUAACGGAACCCAAGUUGUUCAUGACCUUAAGAAUAUAUUGAUGGGAUUGGAUGGCUAUUUGCAUGAGAAAAAAGUAAACCUACUGAAACCGCAUCAAGAUAACUCCAAUACCACUGAUAAUCAGGUGGAUCAAAGUGGCGAAGCCCAGGACUGCCAGCUCUCAGUUCUAACCGAUAUUAUGUGCGAAACCAUUGAUCGGUUAAACAACUAUAUGGGCAAUCAUUCCAAGCAACAGGAAUGGCAGUCUGCUCUAAACCCAAUGAACCAGUUUAGGGGAAAUAUACCACCUGUCCAUGUAUUGCAGCUACCUGUGCAACCUUUGAUCGUACAAACGGUUCCUUCAUACCCAUCUUCGGAUCACUAUCCCUCACCUGAAUCCAUUUUUCAAAAGAAACCCAAUCUGGACCGUUUACCUUGGUUAAAGGAGCGGAAACGUAAGCGUCCUUCCAAAUCUACCACCUAUAUACACUUGCAAAAUCAGGGCAGUAGUACCGAUGACUUGCCAAAGUCCUUGGAAGGAUCAUAUUCAAGUAAUAAGCUAUCGGAUAACCCACGACAAUCUACAAAGGAUGCUGGCACAACCAUGUGGUGUUCUAUGGAAUGCGGUAGGAAUCAGGAACGAUUUCCUUCUACGCAAGAAAGGCUACAAGAAGAUCCUGAGAUCGCAUAUUCCUUGAGAUCAACUCAUGGCUUUCCGCCCCCUUGUCUCAAGGCCCCACCACCAAGUAUUAAAUCAGAGGACGAAUUAGACGAACAGGGAAAGUAUUAUCACCCGACUGGUGAAUCCAUCUACGUGCUUGGCUCUCCUCAAACUUCCAGUUUCCGGUCCAGUUGCGAUUAUCGUCGUGAGGGGGGAAACCUUAGAUAUUCCUUUAUAGAGGAGGAGGAGGAGCAGGUGGAUGAGGAUGACUGGUAUCAAAGUGCUAGCAAUAAAUUAGCUGAAUUGGAAGUGGAGCAGGACUUCUUCAAGCAAAUGGAAAAGCAAACGGGAAUGUCUUCAAGAGAUGAAACCCCUCAAACUGACUUGGAAACCACCAGUGACAAUAGUUUCGUAAAUAUAAUAGCCACUAGCGAUAAGGCCCUCAGUACCACAGGACUAAGUGGCAUAACCACCCAAGAACCCAUUCAAAUUGAGAGAAUGUGCAAAAAGUCAUCUUUGAAACAGCGACAUAAGCUCAAAAGUGGGAAACACAGUGGAAAUACAGCAGGUACUCAUAAGGUGAUGUUUGAAAAAGUGCAACACACGGAAGGUGUGCAGGUUCAACAACAUCCAAUGAGAAAAGAAUCUAUUCCUAAAAUACCCAAGGUCAAGAGAACCAGGAGCAAUCAGAUACGCUCUAUUAGUUGCCACAGCUCUACAUUUAGGUCUAAAAGAUAA